AUGUCUACUAAUCUAACAAACAACACCAUCAUUAUGCAGAGUGAAGAUACGGUGGAAAAAGCAGCAUCUGUUGUUCUGGAAUUUAGUUUGGAUGUUGAGGAGAUUACUACUGAGGAGAAUAAUAGUGGUGCAUUAAGUGGAUGGAGGGUGGAGAAAGAUGAAGUUUUAGUUGAAUAUGUUACAUAUAAGCUACAACGUAUGCAUAUCUAUGAUGAAAAAAAGAAAAGAGAAAAUGAACUUGUUUUAUACAGAGGUAGUGAUGCCAUUGUUCCAUUUGAGGCUAUAAAGAAAAGAAUUCAACGCCUUAAAGUUGACCUGGAUCCAGAAACAGACAGGCUUUGGAGGGUACUAAUAGGGAAGGAAGGGAGUGAGGGUGGUGGUGGUGAUGGUGGUGGUGAGAAUCUAGAAAAAGAUAAAGAAAAAUGGUGGGAAAAUGAAAGAAGAGUGUUUCAUGGAUGUGCUGAUUCAUUAAUUGCGCGUAUGCAUCUUGUUUAA